AUGUAUGGUUUUACCAAUUACACUAAGAAGAAAGAACAAUGGAAUUACAUCCAGCAAAUAAGUGAGAACAAUAGUAAUCCUUGGGUAGUUAUAGGGGACCUAAACUUUCACUUAAUUGACAAUGACACUGGCAUUUAUUCUUCUACGGAUGGUUGGGUGAAUAGCAUAGUAUCCAGUAGUGGCUUAGAGGACAUAGAUUUCAUUGGUAAGGAUUAUACCUGGAACAAUAAUAACAUGGGGACUGGUGCUAUUAAAUCUAUAAUAGACAUGGCAUUAGUUAAUGGUAGCUGGAAUCUUAAUUUCCCAGAUACAGGAUUACUGCAUCUUACACAACUAGGAAGUGAUCACAGCCCCAUCAUGCUAGACACUGAUAUAACUGUCCCAAACUGUUGGAAGCCCUUUAAAUUUUUCUUAACUUGGAUCAAUGAUGAAUCUUGUUCAGUUGUUAUUACUAAUGCUUGUCAAUCUAGUGUUUCUGGCUCUCCUGGUUAUCAGUUAGUAAUUAAACUGUCCACUACUAGAAGGGAUCUAUCUUUAUGGAAUAGAGAGCAUUUUGGUAACAUCAACCAAAAGGUAGAUAAUCUCCAAAGUGAACUUAAUCAACUUCAAGAGCUUCCUCAAAAUUCCAACACUGAAGGUGAUAUCAUCAGAAUCAAUAAUGAGCUCAACAAGUGGCACAAAAUCAAGUCUGAGUUCUAUCAGCAAAAAUCCAGGGAUCACUUCGUCAAAGACAUGGACUCCAACAACAAAUACUUCCAUACUAAAGUCAACAAAAGAAGAACCAGGAACAACAUAGAUGUUAUUCAAGAUAACAACAACAAUUGGCUGCAAACUAGAGAACAAAUUGCUUAG